GUUUUGAGCAGAAUGUAGUCUUAACUGCUACAAAAGAAUGCGAAGCUGUUACAUGAUUUAAAACAAAAUUAAAAUGCUUCUGCAUUUUUGGUUUAAGAUUAGCAAGUUUUACUUUUUUUUACAGAGAACACAUGAGUUUUUACAUGCUUUGGUUGCAAUGUUUAUAAAUGUUAAAAAAGCUUGCUAAUCAACAUAACUAGUCUUCUUAACCUCCACCAACCUUUGAUCAGGUCAAUUCAACCCCAACUUGUUGAAUUUAUAUAUUAUAUGACAUGCAUUUUUUAAAACUAACAGAAGAUUUAUAUAGUUUUAUUUAGAAUAAAAAAUGGAAGAUGAAGAGAAAAUGAGAAUGCAAAUACGGCAGAUGCAAAAAAGAGGAAAUGAAAUCACAGACGAGUCUCUGGAGAGCACACGAAGAAUUUUGCAAAUGGCAGAGGAGACUCAAGAAACGGGUAUAAAAACAAUGGUAACAUUGGAUGAGCAAGGCGAGAGGUUAGACCAUAUUGAAGAGGAGCUUGAGGAUAUCAAUGCGAAUGUAAGAGAGGCUGAGGAAAACUUAACAAAAAUGGAGCGAUUUUGUGGCUUAUGUCUUUGUAGCUGCCGGAGGCCUCGUAACUUUGAAAAGACUGAGCAAUAUAAAAAAGCUUUUGGACAGAUAGCAGGGCCACAUACCAAAAAGAAUAAAAACGUAAAGAAGACUGAAGAAUCUGGAAAUUUUAUUCAGAGGGUUACCAAUGAUGCCAGAGAAGACGAGAUGGAAGAUAAUAUGAAACAAGUAGCAGGUAUUGUGAACAACUUGGAAUCUAUGGCACUCGACAUGGGCGAUGAACUUAAAAAACAAAACUCACAACUUGACCGUAUCACUGAUCAAACAAAUGCAAAUGCUGAACGAAUUGAUGUUGCAAACAAACAUGCAGAGCAAUUAUUAGCUGACAACUAAAACAUCAUAUAUCUAUUAUAUUAUUAAGUAUCAUACCUUCAUUGAAUUUCAAAUUUUAUAUAUCAUAUAAAAUAUUAAAAAAGAAACAGUACUAAACAUUUUUUUUAUUAUUUACAUGUCACAUUUGUAUUUUUUUUUGCUAAUAACUAAUAAAUUUUAUUAUACCUUCAUUCAAUUUUAAAUUUUAUAUGUUUAGUAUUGAAAAGAGUAUAUAUGUAAUGAACAAUUUUUUUUCGUAUUUAUAUGUCAUAUUUUGUAAAUUUUUGUUACUAUUUAUUACAAUUCUAUUGUAUUUUAUAUACAAACAUUUUGUUUGUGAGACAUUUUUUGAAUUUUUUAGUAUUUAGCAUGGAAAACUAAAAAGCUCUGUAUGAUCAAGAUAAUCACGGAAUUUGAAAGAUUUUUCUUCAUACCAAAAGCUAUUUGAAACUAAAAUUCCCUGUUGAUAAAUCAACAUUUUUGAGGUUGGCUAGGGAAAAAUGGUGGAAGUGAUGAAUUUUGCAUGCAAACCUUAAUUUAAUAAGACUAUUAUAUAAUAUUCUUAACUUAUCUCAUAUUUAUCUUGUAUGAAAUUUUUGCAACAAAACAAUGCACUUUCACUCAGACUUAUGCAUGGUUGUCUCAUUCAGUGUAAAAUGUAACUUUCACAUGUCCCAAGAAUAUUUUGUUUUUUCCUUGCUCGUGUAUUUCUAUCACUUGACCUUUAUUUAUAGUUACAAACCAUGUUAUCUAUGUCAAUUGAAAUAAAAAUACAUUAUAUAGAAAUUUAUAAAAACAAUUUUUUUUUGUAUUUUUUAAAGUCUUUUAUACCACUUUGUAUAAGCCAGCAUUUUUUAAAUAAAUUCUCUUUUGUUGUUGAAUAAUUAUGUUUAUGUUAGGUAAUAUUUAUUUAUGUAAAUGUUGAUAAUAAUUCCUUUUUUGUUUAUAUAAAAAACUGUGUUUACAUGUUUGAAACAUUUGCAGCGAUGAUGA